AUGGCCGGACGAAUUGAGAUCUAUCUUGACGUCGUGUCAUUCUACAGCUAUGUAGCAUUCAAGCAACUCCUCAAGACGCGGCCCAUCCUAGAGGCUCAUGGAGUAGAAGUCGAUAUCAAACCCGUUUUCCUAGGUGCUAUUAAUGCUGGGUCAGGGAACAAGCCUCCUUGGACUCUUCCGGCAAAAGCCGUCUAUGGCGGAUUUGAUUUCAACCGAACCAAAAAGGCGGUCGGCAUCCCGGAGGUGUCGGCGCCGGAGGACCUCAUGGCUGUUGCACGGACGAUUCUGUCACUCAGAGCCUUGCACUACAUUAAAGCCAGCUACCCACUCGAUGCAUACCUUACCACGUGGCACUACUUCUUCCAUCUAUUCUGGGGGCCCACGAAGCGGAAUCUCACUGAGGCCAGCGAGCUGGCUGCUGCACUGGGGAAAGUCCCGGUUGGGUUCAGCGGGCCGGGCAGCGAGGGAGAUGGAAAGCCCUUGUUUACAAGCCAAGAUGUCGAAAGUAUCAUCAAGGCUGCGGGAGAGGCCAAGUGGAAAGAAGGCCUGAAGAACGCAGUCGACGAAGCGUUGGAGAGAGGGGCCUUCGGAGCCCCAUGGCUGUGGGUCACGAACAGCAAAGGGAAGAGCGAGCCGUUCUUUGGAAGUGAUAGGUGGCAUUACGUAUACGAGUUCCUGGAAUUGCCAUAUCAAGAGGUCACGCUGUUAGCACCUGGAGAUCAAUCGACGGGCAAGGCAAAGCUGUAG